AUGGAAAUGCAGCAGACUUUCCAGUUUGUUCUUAUGACAUUCGCAUGCGUGACAAUAAUAGAUUCGACUCUUACCCAAGCAGUAGAUCCUGAGCGUUUCUUCAAUGAUCAUGACUUCGACGAAGACGACCUAGAUGUCCCAAAUAGGUUACGGAAAGAUGAGUCAGGGUACUCAAAUCUGCCAAACGUUUUUCUUGCAAAAAACAAAACAUCCCUGAAACAUGGCACAAAAAAUUCAUUUGAAGAAGCGUUCGAAGAAGUGAGAUGGAGUACCAAUCCCCCAAGAAAAUCUGUAAAAAAACGAGCAAGAAGGAAGCCAAAUAUAAUGCCAAGUGUAGUGAAGAAGAUAGUACUAACCAGAGCACUAAGAAAAAGCUAUAUUGUAGCUCAUAACGAAGCGAGAAAAAUUGUUGAACCACCAGCAAGUAACAUGAAGAAACUACACUGGGACAAGGAACUUGAAACACUGGCGACUUCUUAUUCACAAAAAUGCGUGUACGAGCAUAGCCCAACAAAACAACACAAGAGAUUUCGAUGGGUGGGAGAAAAUUUAUUUAUAUCAUCAGGAAUUAAAUUUGAUGAAUAUUAUGCCGCCCUAGCGGUGAGAGCUUUCGAUAGUGAAAAACAAUUUUAUAAUUACACGGAAAACGCUUGUCAAACAGGCGAAGACUGUGGUCAUUACGCCCAGGUUGUUUGGGCAGACACGUUUAGAGUAGGUUGUGGAGCAACGGAAUGUGCUAAUGUGGAUGUAGAUGGGACAAUAUUGAAAAAGGCUAUUCUGUUUGUCUGCAACUACACACCGGGAGGAAAUUCUGCGGGCGUAAAACCCUACAAGACGGGCAAGGGGUGUACAGGCUGCCACGAGACAGACAAGUGUGUAUCUGAUAAACUUUGCUCGAAUCAAAUGCGCGGAAGAAACUUUAACAAUGCAUCGAUGAUAAAAUUCACGGAGUGGGGACCUUGGGGCUCCUGCCAAUCAACUUGUGGGUUAGGGAUGCAAUUCAGAACGAGAAUAUGCAACACUUUCGUGCGUAAAGACUGUAAAGGUCAAAUCUCAGAUGGCAAAGAAUGCAGGGCCGGCCCAUGCAAGAAGCAGAAUAAAAAGGAAAAAGAUUUGCAAAAGAAUAAACACCGCAAACCACUACAGAACACCAUUUUAUCGAGCAUUUUGAAACUUCUGGCGCGUCCAUGA